GUGGCCUUUGUAUUUCCCACGGGUGCAGGUCAGGAUGAGUGGCUGGGACGGCUCUGGUGAGUUCAGAGCAAGUUUCAGCGAAAGGGGGCGGGGAACCAUUGGUAAAAUCGUGUGUGAGCUGUGCUAUUUGAGGCUGCAGAUAGAGGCCUAGCAUGGUGGAAGCUCCCCGUCAAACGUUCCUGCACACAGAAACCAAGCAUGUCAGGAGGAAAUGUUCUAGUCUAAUCUUAUCGCUGGCAUGGUAGUUUUCUGUGUGCAGUGAACAACGUUGUGUGUGUGAAGCAAGUGACCUCCCCAGCUUCAGCCUGAAGUGGUACAGUCCAAGCACAGAUGCACUCAUCUGUUGUUUGUGAGAAUUUGAUUGAUUGAUAGAUUGAUUAAGUGCCGUCAAGUUGGUGUUGACUCUUAGCGAUCUAGGCUGUGAGAAAUGGAUGGGAAGGGGCAAUAGUAGCUAAGCUGUAGAGUCCCCUCUGCAAAAGGUCCUGGGUUCAGUCUCUAGCAGUAUCUCCUGGUAGGAUACUGAUUUCCAAGCUGGGAAAAACCCAUGUCUGAAACACUGGAGAGCUGCUACCAGCCAGUGUACUGCGCUAGCUGGAUCCAGCUCAGUAGAUGGCAGCUUUGCACAUUAGUAGAGACACAGUGGAAGAUUGUGGAAAAUGCCCCCCCCCAAGUGAAAGUAUAAAAUGAGCUCUGCUGAAUAAGACCAAAGCUCUGCUUAGCCCAGCACCCUGUAUCAAACAACAAAAUGACUCUAGGAAGCCUACAAGCAGGGUAUAAAAGCAACAGGAACGUAGGAAGUUGCUGUCUACUGAGUCAAACCCUUGAUCCAUCUAGCUCAGUAUUGGCUACUCUAAUUGGCAGGAGCUCUUCAGGUAGGAAUUUUUCUUAGCCUAACCUGGAGAUGCUGAGAAUUGACUUGGGACUCUCUGCAUGUGAAGCAGAUGCUUUACCAUUGAGCUACAGUACAGCCCCAUCCAAUGGCAAGCAAAGGCAAGUGUCAGUGAUGAGGCUGUAGGUACAGGAAGAUAAUAUUUCCAAGUCAAAAGCACCUCCCCUAUUUUUUUUUUUUUUACAACACUCCCUUCCCAAUUAUUAGGUGCUUCUGACUCAUGCAGGGUCUUCUUCUGGAACAUUGGCAGUUAGAAGGCAAUACCUUUAUUGUCAUGGACAUUAGCAUUUGGAAGCUGGUUUUCUUCUCAAGGCAAUACCUUUAUGUUUGGAUCUAUUUAAACCAAGUUCAACCUGGUUUACAUUUAUGCUGCUGCCUAGAAGAACAGCUGAGGGGGAAAGGAAAGGUGUGGUUUUAUUUAUUUAGAGGCAAUACUCUCCUAGUUUUCUUUUCUCAAAGGAAAUGCUAACCCCUGCUAACUUUGCAAAGAGGCACCUUUUAACGUGGUGAUUCUCUUUAUUUAGCAGGGGGAGAGUAACUGGCCCUAUCCACCCCCAGCACAGUACCUCCAGUGACUGUUGUGUUUCUUAUGUUUCUUUUUAGAUUGUGAGCCCUUCGGGGACAGGGAGCCAUCUUAUUUAUUUAUUAUUUCUCUGUGUAAACUGCCCUGAGCCAUUUUUGGAAGGGUGGUAUAGAAAUCGAGUGAGUGAAUGAAUGAAUGGAAAACAAUUCCCAAACAUAAUAAAACAGCAAGGAACAAAGCAAACACAAACCUCUAAACAGUGGAUCCAGCAGCAAAUCAUUGCAACAAUAGAGGCUGACAGCCAGACUAAAUUAGUGUUGAGUAACCCUACUGAAGACCACCUUAAGUGGUGGUCAACCAAAGGGAUCUGUGGGCGCCAAGAGUUGAAAUUGACUUGACGGCACACUAUACCUUUAAACCUACUGAAAUUAAAUAGUCCUAUAGACUAAUUCCUAAGUAGCAUUAUCCAGUCAGUGGAUGUCAGUCAGUGUUAACUGUGUGUCUGUGUGCGUGAUGUGUGUAUGUGUAUGUAUGAAAGAGAGAGGAGUCCUGAGCUAGAUGGACCAUUUGAAGCAACUUUCUUUGUUUAUUGGGAGCAUCCAUAACACAAUGGUAGAGUUCAUGCUUUCCAUGCAGAAGGCCCCAGGCUCCAUCCCUAGCAUUUACAGGGCUAGGAAAGACUCCUGUUUGAAAUCCUGGAUUGCUGCUGCUUCUCAGGGUAAACAUUACUGAGAUAGAUAGACCAAUGUCUCUGACUCAGUAUAAGGCAGCUUCAUCUGUAUAUGUUUGCAAGGCAUAGUGAAGCAAAGGCAAUUUAAGCGGUGAGAUGAGUGAGGGAAAGCAGAGGUUGAGAAUUCUUCAGAAUUAUUUCUGUCCCAAAGAUGACAGGAACAUAGAAGACAUGAGGGUGGACAAUCUUCAGGAGGAAGGACCUGCAUUAGAAGAAAAGUCUGAACUAUUACCAAGAAGAUCUCAAGAGAAUGUUUCCUCCCAGACUAAAACUGCAGGUGAUAGUUGGGAGAGUGAAAAUGAGGAAAAAUCAUAUGGAGGAUCACCAGAAAGGGUGGUGUGUCAAGAGACAGAUGAGAAGUUUGGAAGUCAAGACAGAUCAAAAAACCAGGAAGGAAACCUAACAGAGAACUGUAGAAAAGAAGCUUUUCAUUUUCAAGAUGGUGACUCCCUAAAAGUUCAGCAAACAGUAGACACAGCAGAGAAUCGGAAUAAAUGCACCAUGUGUGGGAAAAUAUUCAGGGAUGACUCAAAUCUUAAGAGACAUCAGAGAACCCACACAGGAGAGAAACCGUAUCAGUGUUUGUACUGUGGAAAGAGUUUCAGUCGGAACACAAACCUUGUUUCACAUCAGAGAACCCAUACUGGGGAGAAACCAUAUAUGUGUUCAGUAUGUAGCAAGACCUUUUGUGAUAAAUCCAGCCUUAAUAGGCAUCAGAGAAUCCACACGGGGGAGAGACCCUAUGAAUGCUACGAGUGUGGGAAAAGCUUUGAUCUGAGCCAGUCCCUAAUUAGUCAUCAGAGAACCCAUACAGGAGAAAAGCCGUAUAAGUGCUCGGAAUGUGGGAAAACUUUCAACCGGAGCCAAAACCUUCGGAGCCACCAGAGAAUCCACACAGGAGAGAAACAGCAUAAAUGCUCAGAAUGUGGCAAGUGUUUCAGCCGGAGCCAGAACCUUACUAGGCAUCAGAGCAGCCACAUGGAGGAUAAAUUGUUUAAGUGCUAUGAGUGCGGGAAAAGCUUCCGUCUGAACCAGUCACUUAUUAGCCACCAGAGAAUCCACACAGGAGAGAAACCGUAUACCUGCUCCCAGUGUGGGAAAAGCUUCAACCGGAGUCAGAACCUUCUUAGCCAUCAGAGAACCCAUGCAGGAGAGAAACAUUACAGAUGCUCAGAAUGUGGGAAGAGCUUCAAUUGGAGCCAGGAUUUGCUCCGCCAUCAGAGAAUCCACACAGGAGAACAGCCAUACCACUGCUCAGAAUGUGGGGAGCGGUUCAAUAGGCGUGAGAACCUGAUUAGACAUAUGAGAAUACACAUGGAAGAAACGACUUAAGUUACAACGCAUGUGGGGCAAGCUUCAACAGCCGACAUACCCUUUCAGUCAUCAGAGAUGCAGGCUGAUAUACUGUGCAGCGAGCCACCCACCCAGGAGGGAUACAAGCUGAGUUGACAAAGAGUCUGUUUGCUCCCAUCAUUCUACUCCCAUCGUUCUCAGUGGGAGUAGGUUGCAGAUGCUCUGAUGCAGAGCUUCACCUCAACAUUUCAGAGUUGUCAUUAAUGUGAUUAUCCCUUGGAAGUGUGUGACAGAGUCCAUACAUGUUUUAUUCAUUUGUAAACAGAAGAGUGAUAUGGUGUUGUGUUUUGACCAAAUAUAUAACACCAUGCCAAACUGGAUCAUAAACUAUUUAGGGUAUCAGAAAAUUUGCCUAGUAAAAUUUUAUGAGAAAAAAGUACGCAAAUAUUAUGCAAAUGAAGAAAAUGGUAUGGGAAAUUCUUCUGGGAAAAUCAUCAGUUCAGGAUUUUCCAGAAAACCCACAUCUCUGCCACGGAAUAUGACCUGAUUUAAAUAAACCGCCCAGAGAUGUGAGUUGUAGAGAUUUGUUAAAUACAUACAUGCAUACAUACAUAAUCAGACAAAACUAUCUAUUCGCAACAAUAAGAUCAUGUGGCCAGAAUUUUGUCGGGGAAAUGUAUAUCGGCUGUAAUCCUUAUUGUACAGCGGUAUCUUGGCCACAGUGAUCCAUGCUGUAAUAACCCUUCAGAAUAAACUGCUGUAAUGCAUUAUAUGAGCCACCUAAUGGUGCAGCAGGGAAGCAAUCUGCCUAGAGAGCAGGAGGCUGUUAGUGCGAAUCCUCGCUGGUGUGUUUCCCAGAAUAUGGGAAACUCCUAUAUCGGGCAGCAGCGAUAUAGGAAGGUGCUGAAAGGCAUCAUCUCAUCCUGCAUGGGAGAUGGCAAUGGUAAACCCCUCCUGUAUUUCUCUAACAAGAAAACUACAGGGCUCUGUGUUCGCCAGGAGUCAACACCUACUUGGUGGCACAACCUUUCCUUUCCUUUAGCGCAUUAUAUGUGGGACUGCUUUUGAAAGCUGGGAAAGUGCAGUUAGUUUAAAAUACAUACAAUCACUAGGCUGCUAACUGGAACGGCUUAUUUGGAACAUUUAUUACCAGCUUACAUUCAGACUGAGGCCAUUGUGGUUGGGGAUAGUGGGAGUUGUAGUCCAUCAACAUUCUUGUUUAUACAUGGACACCUACUGGCAAGCAUAUUGAUUGGUUACAUUUUUACCCCUGCUAAUUAGGCAAAGAUGCACCUUUUAAAUUUCCUCUUUGGCCAAUUAAAGGUAAAGUGUGCCGUCAAGUCGAUUUCGACUCCUGGUGACCACAGAGCCCUGUGGUUUUCGUUCGGUAGAAUACAGAAGGGGUUGGCCAUUGCCUCCUCCAGAAUGAGACGAGAUAUCUUCCUAUAUCGCUGCUGGGAAACAUACCAGCAAGGAUUUGAACCAGCAACCUUCUGCUUGUUAGUCAAGCAUUUUCCUGCUGCGCCACUUUAGGCUCUAAUUUUUCACAGGGGGAGAGCAACUGACCAUAUUCAGAAUGCAUUUUUUCACUGGAUGUUGCUGGUGUCUCCCUUGAGUUUCUUUUUAAAUUGUGAUCCCUUUUUGGACAGGGGCUCUCCAGUGUUCCCUGUAACAGGGAUUCACGGGUAUGGUGGACUACAACUCUCAUAAUCCCCAGCCAAAUGCAUUGCAGCUGAGGAUGCUGGGAAUUGCAGUCAAUCACAUCUGGGAAUCCCUGUUACAGGGAGCGUGUUCUCUUGUGGUCCAGAAUUUGGGGAUCAACCCUGCUAACUGGGCAAAGAGGCACUUUCUACUAGUGGCUGUCUAAUAUUUAGCAGGGGGAGAGCAACUGUCCCUUUUCAUUCCAGCACAGGGUCCCUCCCAAUAGUUUUUGCUGGAGUCUUCGUUCGGUUUUUGUUUAGAAUGUGAUCCCUUUGGGGACAGGGAAUGAACCAUUUUAUCCUUCCUUUUGCUGUGCAAACCCCUUUGGGCUGGUACAGACAAACCACAGGAUUAGGAAUGAGACAUACCAAAUAUUUAAACAAAAAAUCACUCGUGGUUUUUCUCAUGGCAUCCUUUGCUUCAGCAGCCUAAUC